UCUGAAAGUGAAAAUGUUUCGCUUACUCUUUGUGUUGGCUCUAGCCUUUUUGUUGAGUUCCUUCGCGAGUUCACAAAAGAAAUCUGCUAAUCAGAGUCAUAGAACAACGACAAAAUCAAACUGCUGUGCUUCACAAGCUGGUUACUGUAAAGAUGGAAAAGACGGAAAAGAUGGACAAAACGGAAAAGAUGGACGCGAUGGAAUAAACGGACGAGAUGGACGUGAUGGGACAGUUGGAGCAAAGGGAGAGAAAGGUGAACCAGGCAUGCAUAGUGUGAAUGAAAAUACUGGCACCAAGGGCGAGAAAGGAUCUGUUGGACAGAAAGGAUCACAAAGACUAAAAGGACUGAAAGGAAUGCCGGGAACAUGUGACGACCUGAGCUCCUCGUCAUCUUCGGGGGAAAGAGAGUGUUGUAAAGUUGAAUGUUCCACCGGUUUCCACUUCUUCGAGAAAGUUCAAGACUUGCAAACCAGAGGAGCUACAGCUGUUCAGCACUUUACCAUUAAUGGAAGUCUGUUCCUCACCUUUGGGAACAAUCGAGGAGAUAUCCAGAAACACAAGACAAGCUCCGUGGUUUACAAGAUGGAUGAAUCGACUGAAAAAUUCACUUUCUACCAGACCCUGCAAACUAGAAGCGCAUAUGGUGUAGAGUACUUUUCUAUCGCCGGCAAACAUUUCCUUGCUGUGGCUAAUCAUUGGGAUGGUACGUACCAACUUGACUCUGUAAUCUUCCAGUGGAACGGACAGCGGUUUGUGGUGCUUCAGAUAUUACCAACAAAAGGAGCUGGACACUUCAAGUUCUUCACAUUAAAUGGAGAGAAUUAUCUCACACUGGCAAACUACUAUGAUGGAAGUACCUACUCAACAAAAUCAGUCAUCUACAAAUGGAAUGGCGUCAAGUUCAACAAGUUCCAGGAGAUAGCAACUGAAGGUGCUAAGGGAUGUACGACAUUCGAAAUAAACAAUGUCACUUACCUCGCUUUCGCUAACUAUCACAACUAUCAACAGAAGUUUUCUGUUCAGUCCACUGUCUUUAAGUGGUCAGGAGGACACUUUGUCAAACUACAGUCUCUUCAAACUUAUGGUGCAUAUGACGUAAAGUCUGUGAGCAUCAAUGGUCAUACAUUCUUAGCUUUUGCCUGCCACUACUCUGGAAGUUCCUACAACACUGACUCGUUUGUUUAUAAAUGGGAUGGUACCAAGUUCCUUCUUUUCCAGUCCAUUCCUAGUCGUGGAGCUCGCGCAUGGUAUCCAUUCGUG